AUGAAGGUCUCGCCUGUCAAGCAACUCGCUCUUUCUCACGAGCUUCCACAUGAUCACGUCCCACCAGCCGGCAUGUCCGACUAUGCGUUGCCAGCAGAGUUUCCGAUGUCAGACAAGUCCAUACUGCUUACCUGCUCAUUCGGCCACAUGAUCCCCGACUCGCUCUUGGAUACCUUUGCAAACCCAUGGCAGAGGAUCAACAUUCACCCUUCGCUCCUACCACAGCUGAGAGGCGCCGCGCCGAUACAGUGGGCAUUGGCAAGACGGCUGCAAGAGUCCGGAGUCAGUAUCCAGACACUGGAGAAGGGCAAAUUCGAUACGGGGACAAUUGUCGCCCAAGAAGCUUUCGCUUUCCCACCGGUGGUGGAGAGUGCAGAGGGGAUACCAUCGUUUUUGCAAGUCGAGAAAGUCAUGGCUGACCGGGCAGCAGAAUUGCUCCUCCGUAUCUUGUCGGAUCUGCCGGGACAUUGGGCCAAUAGCCGGCCACAGAACGAAAGCCAGAAGACAUUCGCCCCAAAGGCGAAAGCGGCAUUCAGCAAGAUCAAAUGGCACAAGAUGACAGCAGAGGACGUUGUGGCGAGAGAAAGGGCAUUUGCUUAUCUUUAUCCGCUCAGCACAACGCUCCAUCCUCACGCCGCAUCGUUCAAGCCUGUAGCGGUCAAUUUCUUCGAUACUUCCACUCUACUCUCUAUCCAAAUUGACUCGGAGACCGCAGAGCUCUUGCUAGCAGACUCAUUACCGGCCGGCUCGGCAGCAUUCUCUCCUGCCCUCAACGCGCUGGUCGUCAAGACGCUGCCAGAAGGACAAGGUGCAGUCUUGUUAGUGGUCAAGGCCAUCAAGACAGAAGGCAAGAAAGCUAAAAGCGCAGCCGAAUGGUUCAAGGCUUAUCGAGACAGAGCUGAUCCUUCGACCGCCAUCCUCACUUUCCAAUAG